GAGUUGCAAAUCCAUGCCCUUACUGGGAAGACAUGGAGCGCUAUGGACACAGUCUACACGAAUCUGAUAGGAAUCUCAACUAAAGGCAUCACUAUUUCUCCAGUUUGGAAACAAACGAUUUGAGAGACCGAGAGCAAAGAAAGGGUGGCCCGACUGAGGAUGGAGUGUGCAUUUGAAGCACAGAAUCUGAUCUCCAUUUCUUUGAGGAAAAUCCAAAGCUCCAGGACGCAGAGAGGAGGCAUCAAGCUCCACAAGAACUUACUGGUAACGUACGUACUGAGAAACGCCAGGCAGUUCUACAUGAGCAAAAACUUGUCGCAGAUGCAGAGAACGAAUCCGUACGAGGAUGUAACCGUAGUCCGAGAAAGGCAAGAAUACCUCGAAUGGACGGGGAGCUUCACGGAGUUGGCUGAUGACUUCUACUGCAACUUUACUGGGGUUGAGUCGGACACUUGGCACUGCGGAGCGCACCAGCCCAACGGUCAGCCUGCAGAGGUGGCGCACCAAGGCGCAUCUGCCUGCGCAAUGGAUUCACCGAGUGACUCUGACCUCAUGGUUUCGGACGCCUGUUGGAGCUGUGCGGACAAAUCCUCCUGGGAGUUAUCUAUCCCGAACACGCAAGCCAACCAAAAGACUGUCCUGGACUUGGACACCCAUGUGGUGACUACUGUCACGAACGGAUACUUCCACACAGACUGUUGCGCGCAGCCCAAACAGCCGCAGGGCGCGCAGUGCUACACAAAAAAGCGAAAGAUUGACAUAAGUUAUCAUAUCGUUGAUCCAGAGUUUUAUUUGCCAGACUUUGCGCCAGUGCCGUGUAAAAGAAUGAGGAGUGAUGAUGAUUCACAUUCAGACUCUGACCAGUUGGACAGCACAAACAUCUCCAACCUGAUCUCGGUGCUGGGCUCAGGUGGGCUAUCUGAGUUUGUGAGUUGGCAGCAAACGGACCUUGAGCAAAUAUUCGCCACUCAAACAAUUUGUUUAAAACACACGCUGUUAACAGGCAGCGGCUGGACCAGAGCAAUCGAAGCAUUUUGAUAUGUAUGACUGUGUGUUUUUAAUUUCUUUGUAUCGUUUUAUUUUGCUGCUUUUAAAUAAAUCAUGACACGACUGCA